AUGUCCAGCAUUAAGCUUGAGGACUAUCGGCAGGGUUAUCCUCGGCUGGCGAGUUUUCUCACUUUGGACAGGAACUUCUCCAUUCUAAAGAGGUAUGACUUCUUGCAUAUGAGGAGUCUCCUAGACCUACAAGAUCAGCUUUCAGAGCUCCAGGAUCAACUGAAACGGUGUGACGAGCUUGAACCUGUACAACUAGGGCUGAGCAGCCGUCGCCAAGACAGCAACAAUACCCGCCGUGACCUGUUGCAGCGCAUCCGCUCCACACUCGAAGUUUACGGUGAGUACACGUAUACCCUCGCAACGCCAUGCAUAACUGAUGGAUGGUCAGAUAAGGCUGUACAAGAUUACAACAACAUGCUCCGUCUGCCCGAAGCGCAUGAAGCACAGCGCCAAAAUGUAGAGAACUGGUUCGCGGGAAACAAGCCGCUGGUACGGUCUGAGAGCGCAUGCUUUCUUAAUAUGUCAGUUGAAACGGAUUAUGUGGCCCUGGGAGUCUCCGAGAGAUGUGAUAGAUCACGGCUGGAGAAGGUACUAGAGUGGGGGCUGAGGACAUUUCCUCGGGUUGGAAGACUGUUUCACACCAACUUGGCAAAGACUCGAGACCCCAACAUCUUUCUCUUUCCCCCCUCACUUCUUGACCAUGCUGCCAAAGCAUUCGUGGCGUUGUUUGUUCCUAUGUGGCUGGUUCUCCCAACAAUACUGUUGCAAAGCUCAGGUGGAAGCCUCCCAAGAUCGAUAAUCUAUGCUAUCUUUGUCUUCGGCACAUCCAUUUUGCUUGUUGCUGCACUCGACAUAACUAAACACAACUUUUUAAUUGCUUUGGUAACAUAUGCUACGUUACUCGGCGCAUUUCUAGCCCAGUCGCCUUAG